AUGUGCCAGCCUCGCAAACGCGGCCGCCGCGGACGGAGAAGAGACGGCGCCGUGCCGAAGCAGCUCAACCCGCUGAAGCCGCAGUUCUGCGACUUCGCGCAACGCUGGGGCGCCUGGCAGCAACGACUCGACACCUCGAAACCGCUCGUCGUCGACGUCGGCUGCGGCGAGGGCGAGUGGUGCGUCGCCGCCGCCGCGGUCCGCGGAGACCUCAACUUCAUGGGCGUCGACGUGCGAGAAAACGUCUUCGCACGAUGCGCAGCGCGAGCGCCGGCAAAUUGCGCAUUCCUACCCGCGAACACGGCGGCCGGCGACCUAUCGCGGCUCCUGGCGGAGUGGCGCGACGCCGGAGGUGUGACGUUGCACGUCCUCUGCCAGUUCCCGGACCCGCACUGGAAAAACAGGAAUAAGAACCGGCGCAUGCUCACGCGGGCGUUCUUCGCGACGGCGGCGGCGCACGCGACCGGCGCAGUCAUAAUUCGGUCGGACGUCGCCGGCGUCGUCGACGAUGCAGCGGCGUUAGUUGGUGAUGCCCUCGUCGCGGCCGACGCGCCGGCCGAUUUGCUGGCGAUCCCGACGGAGCGCGCGAUCUACGCGACCGGAAAAGGCGGCGCCGUGCAUACAGCCGCGUUCCGGCCGUCGGCCGAGGCCUCGUCGCGCGGACGCGUCUGCGCCGAGCUGCGGCGGCCGCCGCGGAGCGCGCGCCCCGGGCCCGCAUCUUCGAGCGGGGGGGGAGGGCCUCCUUUGUAA